CAGCAGGCUUUUCCUUUAGAGAAAACACACAUAUUUUAAUUAAUACAAACUCAAAAUGCAAGCAGUAAAUAAACCCGUAGAGCAGUGCGUUACGGAGAAGGACAAGCUCAGUAAGCUGGAGGGCUUGCCACGAGAUGUGGAUACCUUUUGGUGCACAGAUCGAUCUCCGCCACCCUCGAUAUUGAGCGGUAAGAAAUACCUGAUAUAUCGAAUUCACAACAAGGGCUUGGCAUUCAGUCAUCGGGAGAGACAGUUGCUCAGCAUUCACGGCUUGAUGCCGCCGGCCGUUUUGACCAUAGAACAGCAGGUGGAGGCCUAUCAGAAGUACUUUGCCACAUUGACCUCGGAUCUGGCUAAAUUUAUAUUUCUUACGGACUUGGAGGCUGGUAACCGGAAGUUGUUCUAUCGCUUUUUAAUGAGUAAUCCUGAAAAAUACAUGAGGGUCUUUCAGAGCGCCGAAUCGGGACGUUUGGUGGAGCAUUUCAGUCAUGCCUAUACCACGAUUCGAGGCAUGUAUAUCACGAUUAAGGAUCGUGGGCAUGUCUACGAUGUCCUGGGAAAUUAUCCAUUCCGCGAGAAUACUCGCUGUUUGAUUGUGACCAAUGGGAAGUCGGUGCUCAGCUGGGGCGACAGAGGAGUCAAUGGAACUCCCGUAAUCCACUACAAAAUGUUUGCAAGUGUUGUUCUCGGCGGCAUAAAUCCCAAUUGCUGCCUGCCCGUGACCUUGGAUGUGGGCACCGACAAUGAGCAGCUGCUGCAGGAUAAACAAUAUGUUGGCCUGCGACAGAAACGCGUCACAGGAGCUGAGUACGAUGAGUUCUUCGAGGAGUUUACAUUGAGUGUGCUGCGCCUCUUUGGGCCACGUGCCAUCAUCCAGACCAAGGACUUUGGAUACCAGGAUACAGUAAAGCAUCUGGCGCUGUAUCGCAAUCGCCAGUGCUUUAUAGACCUGGACCAUCAAUGCCUAGGAGCCUGUGGACUAGCCGGCAUCCUGGGUGCCAAGCAGAUCACCCAGCUGCCCUUCAAGGACAACACGCUGCUCUUCCAUGGCCUGACGAACUUCAACAUAGGCAUGGCUCAAAUGUGUGUGGCGUACCUGAAGCGAUUGGGCCUGAACGAGGAUGCGGCCAAGUCUCACAUCUGGUUCCACGAUGGCAAGGGACUUGUGGUGCAUAAUAGAUGUGGCUUGAAGGUUGCCGAGCAGCUGCAGGAGUUCCAGCAGGUCCACGAGCCAGUUCAAGGCCUCGUCGAGUCGAUUGACGCUGUGAAGCCAAACAUCCUGAUUGGCAGCGGUCAUAAGGGAAAGGCCUUCACCAAGGAUGUCCUGCGAGCCAUGGAACGGAGUGCUCAGCAACCCAUCAUCUUCGCCAUGUCCCGGCCAUCGACAUUGGCCGAGUGCACGGCCGACGAUGCCUUCGUUUACACCAAGGGUCGCUGCAUCUUCAUCUCGAGCAUUCCACUGCCAUCCCUAAAGUAUGCCAAUAAAGUGUAUCAGCCGGGAUAUUGCAGCGGUGACUACAUCAACUCUGGCAUCACACAGGGUGUCCUGCUCUCCGGUAUGACAACGGUGCCGGACGAGACAUUCCUAGUGGCUGCCGAGCGGCUAGCCAGCCUCGUGUGGCCCAAUGAUCUGGCCAAGCGGGAUGUCUAUCCGCCACUUCGAAAACUGAGAUGCAUCAACUUGCACAUCGCCGAUGCUGUCUUCACUUUGGCCUAUCGCCGUGGACUGGCCACUCUUUGGCCGGAGCCGGAGAAUCCCCUCGACUAUAUCAAGAGCAUGCUGUACGAUCUCGAGUACACCGAGUCGAUUCCCCAUGUCUACUGCAUGUGUGAUCACAUGAUUGGCACUUCCGAGUCGGCUCAGUACUACAAGCAUAAUAUAUAGCCUGCUCUCUCUGUAUUUAUCAAAUUAAUUAUUAAAAUCGCUACCAUUUAUUGCAUAUA